CACCAAGCUAUGGUAACAUCCCUAAAUGAAGAUAGUGAAAGCGUAACUGUUGAGUGGAUUGAAAAUGGAGAUACUAAAGGCAAAGAGAUUGACUUGGAGAGCAUAUUUUCACUUAACCCAGACCUUGCACCUGAUGAAGAUAUUGAACCUAGUCCAGAGACACCACCACCGCCUACUCCAUCAGCCAAAGUAAAUAAAAUCGUGAAGAGUCGACGAACUAUGGCAUCUCUUAAGAAUGACACCCCUGCCAGAGAUAACAGAGUGGUUGGUUCUGCACGCGCGCGACCUACUCAGCUGCCUGAGCAGUCUUCGUCCUCUCAACAGAAUGGUAGUGUUUCAGAUAUAUCUCCAGUUCAAGCUGCAAAAAAGGAAUUUGGACCCCCUUCACGUAGAAAAUCUAAUUGUGUAAAAGAGGUUGAAAAAUUGCAAGAGAAACGUGAAAAAAGAAGGUUACAGCAGCAGGAACUUAGAGAAAAAAGAGCUCAGGAUGUUGAUGCUACAAACCCAAAUUAUGAAAUUAUGUGUAUGAUAAGAGAUUUCAGGGCAAGUUUGGAUUAUAGACCACUGACAACUGCAGAUCCUAUUGAUGAGCACAGGAUAUGUGUUUGUGUACGAAAACGACCACUCAAUAAAAAAGAAACUUUAAUGAAAGACCUUGAUGUAAUAACAAUUCCUAGUAAAGAUGUUGUGAUGGUACAUGAACCAAAACAAAAAGUGGAUUUAACAAGGUACCUAGAAAACCAAACUUUUCGUUUUGAUUAUGCCUUUGAUGACACGGCUCCUAAUGAAAUGAUUUACAGGUUUACAGCUCGACCACUAGUGGAGACUAUAUUUGAGAGGGGAAUGGCUACUUGUUUUGCAUAUGGACAAACAGGCAGUGGAAAAACCCAUACUAUGGGUGGUGACUUUUCAGGAAAGAACCAAGAUUGUACUAAGGGAAUAUAUGCACUUGCAGCUCGAGAUGUCUUUUUAAUGCUAAAGAAACCAAACUAUAAGAAGUUAGAACUUCAAGUAUAUGCAACGUUUUUUGAGAUUUACAGUGGUAAGGUUUUUGACUUGUUAAACAGGAAGACAAAAUUAAGAGUGUUAGAAGAUGGUAAACAGCAAGUCCAGGUGGUGGGAUUACAGGAACGGGAAGUCAAAUGUGUUGAAGAUGUUCUUAAGCUUAUUGACAUAGGCAACAGCUGCAGGACAUCUGGCCAGACGUCUGCAAAUGCACACUCAUCUCGAA